CAAGACCACAUAACAUUUCUUACUAUUAGUUUGCAAAGGCUGUUCGUUGGGCAUUUCCUCGUCGUCAUCUCUCUCUCCUCCUCUCUUCUUUUUCUCUAUAUAAUUCUCAUCUCUCACAUUUUUAUUUUAUUGCAUUCUCCAACCAAACCUCAAAUUCCAUUUAACUUACCUCUAUUUUCUUCUUCUUCUUACUACCUUCAAUAGCAAUGGAUAACACCAACCGCCAUCGCCGUCGUAAGCAACAGAAAGUUACUCUCCAGGACUCUGAAGAAGUGAGCAGCAUCGAAUGGGAGUUUAUCAACAUGACAGAACAAGAAGAAGAUCUCAUCUGUCGAAUGUAUAGACUUGUCGGUGACAGGUGGGAUUUAAUAGCAGGAAGAGUGCCAGGAAGACAACCAGAAGAAAUAGAGAGAUAUUGGAUAAUGAGAAAUAGUGAUGGCUUUGCUGAGAAACGACGCCAACUUCAUCACAAAAAAAACAAACCACACCGUCCACGUUUUUCUAUUUAUCGUUCUUAGUUUUUGAUGUCAUUAUAUUUUAUUAUUCUGUUUUCUGCCCCCGCCACGAAAAAAAAUUGAUAGAUGUUUAGUUGUAGUAUUAUCUAGCGGUAACGUUUUCAAAAAUUAGCGUAACGAAAUUAUUAUGUCUGUAUGUCUUUUUGUUGCGCUUCUUGUUUUAAUAAUAUAGCUUUCAGUUCGUAUCUAGAAAUUAAAAGGUACCAUUUAGCAA